AUGACAUCCACAGAGAACGUACCCCGCGAAGGCGGUGCACAAAAUGGCGACCCCGGCCCAACACCAGAAUGGACAUAUCCCACAAGAACCUGUCGUCUAUGUCUUGAAGACGUGCCUGCUACAAUUUCUCUUUGGCCCCCUGGCCUUCCCCCAGCCUUGCAACGACCUAUUGUUGAGUACAAGAGUGACGAGGAUGAUUACGGACGGCUUCUCAAACCAUGUCUUUGCAGGGGUGGAAUGAGGUACAUACACGAGCAUUGUCUUAAAAGAUCAAGAACUGAGGUGGCUCGACCUGGGUCGUUGUGGAAGUGUCAUCAAUGCGGCUACCAGUUCAACUUCAACAGGCUCGCUGUCCAGAAAUUUCUUGGAAGCAGUCUCGCUUCUGGCGUUUUGACUGUGUUGGCAAUGGCGGUUGUCAUGUUCUUUCUAGGAUUUAUUGCCGAUCCGAUCAUUAACUUUUACACCGAACCAUACGAUACCUUUCUUGGUCGCGAGGAUGUUUGGCGGGAGGUGGACUUGAAUGAGUCGAAAGGUCGACUUUCUAGCUGGGCACAGCACUUCAUGAAAGGUCUUGUUUCGAUGGGUGUGCUGAGUUUCCUGCGAACCAUGAUUCUGAAUCCCUUUCAGUGGUGGAAUUUUCGGAACACUGGAAUGAUCACCAGCAGAGUUGGAGGACGGACUGCCACUGGACGGGAUCGAGCAGUCAACGUCAGCUGGAUUGUAAUUGUGAUGGGAGUCUUGUCGGCUUCUUAUUUCUUCUACAGAUCGGUGCAGGCGAUUGUCGGCAAGGUACUCCAACGCAUCGGUAACAAUAUCGUGGACACUCAUUUGCCAGGAGACGAUGACGAUCUGAAGCCUCCACCAGGCUUCAGUUUUGGACCAAAAGAUUCGACCGCCGAAAACUCUCAAAAUUCUAUGCCCGCAGGCGAGAACCCAAGCCAGGCCGAGACCGAGACGGCUACACGUUCUGAACAUGAUGUCGGUCAGGAGCACCAGAGCAACCGCACUGAAGAAGAUCUCGCCGGUAGUACCUCGGUGCAUCGAGUGAAUCAGAAAGAAAGCGCAGAGCCUAGCCCAGAUGAUUCUGGACGAUCCAUGCCAGGGACAUUCAACCACAGUGGAUACAGCUCGGCCUUGGACUCUGCUCGAAGUCAGGGGUGGUCAUUCUAG